GAAGGAGGGAGCGUUUGGAGGUGGGCUUGGCUUGGCGUGCACUCCACACCUCGGGAACGUUAUUGCGCGUGGAACGUCUGCUUUUGGCAGACUAUUGCCCAGAAGAAAAGAUGUUUGGUUUUCACAAGCCAAAGGUGUACCAAAGUAUAGAGGGCUGCUGUAUUUGCAGAGCUAAAUCCUCCAGUUCUCGAUUCACUGACAGUAAACGCUAUGAAAAGGACUUCCAAAGCUGUUUUGGGUUACAUGAGACUCGUUCAGGAGACAUCUGUAAUGUCUGUGUCCUGCUUGUGAAAAGAUGGAAGAAAUUGCCAGCAGGAUCAAAAAAAAACUGGAAUCAUGUGGUAGAUGCAAGGGCAGGACCCAGUCUAAAGACUACACUGAAACCAAAGAAAGUGAAAACUCUAUCUGGAAACAGGAUAAAAAGCAACCAGAUCAGUAAACUGCAGAAGGAAUUUAAACGUCACAAUUCUGAUUCUCACAGUACCACCUCAAGUGCCUCUCCAGCUCAAUCUUCUUGUUAUAGUAACCAGUCAGAUGAUGGCUCAGAUACAGAGAUGGCUUCUGGCUCUAACAGAACGCCAGUGUUUUCCUUUUUAGAUCUCACAUACUGGAAAAGACAGAAAAUAUGCUGUGGCAUUAUCUAUAAAGGCCGUUUUGGGGAAGUCCUCAUUGACACACAUCUAUUCAAGCCUUGCUGCAGCAAUAAGAAAGCAGCUGCUAAGAAGCCGGAGGAGCAGGGGCCAGAGCCUCUGCCCAUCUCCACUCAGGAGUGGUGACUGAGGUUUAUGUAGAAGGGGAACAAAAAAUGAUUUAAAUUUUGGAAAACACCAACAAAAUGACCUUCCUAUUUUUAACUUGGAUAUCUGUUAUUCUGCCAAAAGAUGAUUUCUAGAAUAGUUUUGAGUGGGUUAUUUUCCCUCCAGUUCCACAAAGUCUGAAGCCAGUAUCUAGCUUACUAAAAGAAAAAGAAGUGUACAUAAUAUUUAAGAUGCUGAGUAUUUCAUAGGAAAGCUGAAUGCUGCUGUAAAGUGCUCUUUAAGGCUUUUUAAAAAAAUCCCCUUCUAAUGAAUGAAAUUAGGGGAAUUUCAGGGGACAGAGAUGGGAUUUGUUGUAUGAUAAACGUAUGUAGUUUUAGUCUUUCUAUAUUGAGAAGCAGUGGUUGGGGCAUUUUUUAAGAUGGCUGGCUACACUUGUUUUCCUUCGUUAUAAUAAAUUUGUCAUAACUCAGUAAACACAGACUUGCCCCUAGAGGUAGCUGUUGAUAACUUUGAAAUAUUAAGGUGUUGCCAAGGUUCUGAUGAUUCAAACCUGUACUACUGAAUAUUAAGCAGGACGGACUAAGCUCUCUAGUGCGAAUAUCUUGAAGGAGUAAUUUCUAAAUAUACAGAGGUAACUUGACUGUAUAUGUUGCAUCCUGUGUCACCUCCCUCCAUAUUGAUAUUUGAUAAAGUUUUUAAUUUAUAUGAAACUUCUAAAGCAGAGUCAAAGUUCCUCUUGGGGAAAUGUCAAAUCUUUAGAAUAGGCAAUCCUAUAUGAAUAGUACCAAAGCAUUACCCCUUGGUAGAGAAUGCACUCUAUUAAAAAUGUUAAAUUAUCUGAAAAAUAAAAUGUGCAAGUCUUCAGGAUGGCACAUGAAAAACACAAAGGUUAAUGCUUCUUGGGGCACAUUUCUUAGAGGGCUUGCAAGUGUGUAAAUAAUUUGUUUAUGUUACAUGACUGGUGACUUCAUUGAAAAUCUGCACAAUUCAGUUUUAGCUCUGGAUUACUUCGGUUGACCUUUGUGAAGGUUUUAUCUGUGUAGAAUGGUUGUUUGACUUGUUUUAACCUAUUAGGGUUUUGGGUUUUGGGUUUUUGUUUUUUAUUUUUCAUUCUAUAUUAAAGUAAAAUUCUACUAAAAGAAAAGAAGUGUGUGUUAAUGCUGAGUGGGUUGGUUUUGGUUUGGUUUCUUUUAGUCAGGCUUUCUGAACAUUGAGGUGUUAGAUGAUACAUCCUAAACGUGGAGCUCUUCAACUGUAAAACCUUCAUUAAAAGCCUUUUACUUGAACCCAAACCAAAGUACUAUCUAUUGCCUCUUUUCUAAAAGUUCAGGAAGAAUAUAUCACCAGUUCAGACUUUUCAUAAUGCGGGAGGAUCAUUUGCCUACCUUGUAAUAACAUGACUCAGUGCUUAUUUUUAAAACUGGAUUUUAAAGAUUGGAUAGUAUAAAUAACAAGGAGUGAGCCAAUUUUUAUGGGUAUCCUAUAGUUUUAUAGUUCUUAAUCUAAACUUAAAAUUUUAUAUUUCUUCCUUUGGAAAAAACUACAAGCCACCAUAUGCACAGACUACAUAGUGAGUUGGGUCAGCUCUCCCACAGACUUUGAGGUGUAUUACCAGAAUCCCAGCCAUUAUCAUCUUCCUCCUGAGUUAUUUUGAAAUGGUUUUUUUUUUUCUCUCUUUUUUUUUGUACAUUUUGGCUGCAGUAUUGGUGGUAGAAUAUACUAUAAUAUGGAUCAUCUCUACUUCUGUAUUUAUUUAUUUAUUACUAGACCUCAACCACAGUCUUCUUUUUCCCCUUCCACCUCUCUUUGCCUGUAGGAUGUACUGUAUGUAGUCAUGCACUUUGUAUUAAUAUAUUAGAAAUCUACAAAUCUGUUUUGUACUUUUUAUACUGUUGGAUACUUAUAAUCAAAACUUUUA